GUUAUCACCAAUCAGGUUAAAGCCAAUCCCGAAUUAAUAGGCUCGGAAAGUUCCCAGACCUCAAGCUCAGGAUCAGGUUCGGUAGAUAAUCUUCUGUUUAUGACCCACCUACGCAGCUAGUCUCACACAUUCUUUGCGUUACUGAAGACUCCAGAGCGAUUCAUCAUCAAUCUGUUUCAAAACCAAAGAUUUCAGGUUCAAGAUUUGGGUUUUUCAGAUUUCAAUCGACUGAGCGAACAUGUCAGAUCACGAGGAUCAUAAGUCGGAAUCGUUGAUGGAGAAGAUAUCGGACAAGAUUCACGGUAAGGAUGAUUCUUCCUCGUCUUCAGAUUCAGACGACGACAACAAGAUUUCAGCGAUGAAAUCGAAGGUUUUUCGCAUGUUCGGUAGGGAAAAGCCCGUCCACAAUGUCUUCGGCGGCGGAAAGCCUGCUGAUGUGCUCCUAUGGAAGGACAAGAAGGUAUCUGGUGGAAUCCUAGGUGGAGUUUCAAUCAUCUGGUUCCUUUUUGAAGUGCUGGAAUAUCAUUUGCUGACUCUUGUUUGCCACAGUCUGAUUCUUACAUUGGCAAUACUAUUCCUAUGGUCAAAUGCCUCAGCUUUCAUCAACAAAUCUCCACCAAAAAUCCCACAAGUUGUGAUUCCAGAGAAACCUGUUUUGGAAAUCGUGUCAUCCGUGAGAAUUGAGUUAAACAAAGGUUUUGCAGCAAUUAGAGAUAUCGCUUCAGGGAAAGACCUCAAAAAGUUUCUAUCUGUUAUUGCUGGUUUGUGGUUUGUGUCAAUCAUCAGCAACUGUUAUAACUUCUUGACAUUGGUUUACAUAUUGGUUGUGUUGCUGUUCACGGUGCCUGUGGCGUAUGAUAAAUAUGAGGAUAAGAUUGAUCCGCUUGCAGAGAAAGCAUUGAUUGAAAUCAAGAAACAAUAUGCGGUUUUCGAUGCAAAAGUGUUGUGUAAGAUCCCGAGAUCCAUGAAAGAGCUUAAAGCUAAGAAAAAGGUUUAAGAAUAUGCAACGACUUUGUUACUGGGUAGGUGUGUCUUAUAUAUCUAAAUCUUAAAAAUGGUUGAUUAUUGUGUUUUUCUUGAUGAUUUGGGGUUUGUGAGGUUGGUAAUAGAGAUUGAUUGAUACGUAAAACCCUCCUCCCCAAUAUAAUUUCUUGUGUUUUUAGAGUUGUGGUGAUGUCUUUGUGUUUUUUUUUUUAAAAUAUAUACAUGGUGUUACAGUUUUUGUUGAUGUGGCACUUUGUCUUGAAACUAAUAUAUGAUGUAGUAUGUUUGUCUUUGUGAGAACACAAUCUUGGUGGUGUGUGGUCAUUUCUUGCAUGAUGUGUAUUAAAUCUUGUCGACUACAUUAGUGGGUCCUAAAAUUCUAUUUAUUUAUUUAUUCUGAUUCUGAUUUUGAUUCAGUAAAUGUCACCAUCAAAUUAUGGAAUCCGUGUUUAUAGCUAUCAUUAUAAAACAAGUAAAUGUUAAAUGACCUAACAACUUGAUUCCGCUCACUUAAGUGAGAGUUGUAAAUUGUUAGAACAGAGUGGAAAAACAUUAUCGGUUUUAAAUUACUGGAUUUUUUUUUCUUUCUUUUAAUAAUUGAUGGUUUGAGUUCACUUCCUGUUAUUAGUAUUUUGAUCAUGUUACAAGGAAUUUAAUUUUGUGAUUGUAUUUAAGACACU